CGUACAAAGUAUUGAAAAUUUAAAAAGAAAAGUGUUAAUAUAUAAGAAAACAACAAACAAUAAUAAUAUAGAGAUGGAUCGAUGGGUAUAUACCGAUGCUACUCAUCACUUCUUGGAAAGCAACCUCUUUCCUUACAUAUAAAGUAUACAUAUACCACCAAAACAACAGCUUAUUACGUCAUUUAAUAAUGUCUAUAUAUAUAUAUGAUCAGUAAUACUAUACAUCUAAAACCAAAUAAAAAUAAAUAAAACCUAAUUGCACAUUAUAAUAGUAAUGGCUGGAAGUGAAGCAACCAAAACUAGUACUAGUGCUACAACUACCACUGCCACCACAAAUUUGGCUCAACCACGCCGACCAGCCGUCCGGAGAUUCGUCGGGGUCCGCCAGAGACCAUCGGGGCGAUGGGUGGCCGAAAUCAAGGACUCCUCGCAACGAGUCAGGCUAUGGCUUGGGACUUACGACACACCCGAAGAAGCCGCCAGAGCCUACGACGAAGCUGCCAGAGCCCUCCGAGGCAAUAAUGCUCGCACCAACUUCGCACCGUCGCCACCUGCCGACGCCAACAGCUCAGUAGUACCUUGUCCAAUAGUCCCCUCUCCUUCUGGUGCUGGAUCAGCGAGCGGUGGCCCGGAAGGGCGGCAGGGGCUGAGCUUCUCUUCUAUUAAGGCCAAAUUGAGCAAGAAUCUCCAGAGCAUCAUGGCGAGAAAUAGCGAGAACCAUAACAACAAGUCGAAAAGUAGGGUUAGCGACCACUUUACCUUUGCUAGUAUAUUCCAUUUCAGGAACAAGUACUAUCCAGAUCAUCAAUAUCAAAACUCCACGAUGAUGAUGACGAGAAACAUGAAUAUAGAUCAGACAGUGGUGCAACCGAGUAUUGUGGUUCCUUCUUAUCAUCAUGACCAAACGACGUCGUGUUCAUCGUCGACUGCGUCUUGGGAGACUUCGAGCGUUUCGGAUUGCAGUCCUGAUGAAUGGGUAGGGUUUCGGCAAGCGGGUGGCGGGUUCGAUUCGGACGGGUCGGAAAUCGGAGAAGGGUUUUUGGAUCAUCAAAUAAUAAUGAAUAAUGGUAAUAAUAAUAACAAUAAUUUGGGGUUCUGGAUGGAUAGCCCGGAUGUUAUGAGUAGUAGUGGAAGUAAUAAUAGUAGUAAAAGGUUCAAGGUUUCUUCGUCUGUAGUGGUGCCUCCAACGUUCAAUACUACUACUACUACAGCUAAUACGUCGCCGUUUUUAUAUGACAGUCAUCCAGAGAUUAUGAAUUGAAAUUAUGGGGAUUAAUUAGUGCUUCAACUCCAGUUAAUUAGUAAUAUUAAUUUCUUUUGUUGCGUGUAUGAUCAAAAGUUUCUUAUAUAUAUGUAUUUGGCUGAGAAGUCAGCCUUUGCUGAUAUAUGGAUCUGAUCAAAUUAAAGAUGUAGUCGUCGAACGUUAUAUAUUCAGAUCGAAUUAUAGAACACACAAGUUAAAACAUUCCAAGAUAUAUAUGUACAUAGAAAAAUUCAGAUUUUGAAUAUAUAAAGGAGAGGUUGACACA